CAUGCCAUGGCUGGUGCCUCGCUAGGAUGCCAAGCUGGGAUGGGAUGCGUUGCCUCCGCUUAGACGCUCCUUUCCAUGUCACGCCGGUUGCCGUGAUCUCCGUGCUGCUGACAUGGCUUGCUCGUUCGCACCUACUGCAUUGGAGAAAAGGUUCCGUUGACUCGACACAGUCGACACAGUCGCCUCGGCACGAAAGAUCUACUAGCGCAGCUUUACAUUCAGGCAGGCUGGGCAACGCGGGUGGUACAGAUCCAGGCGUGGCGAACGAACAGUUGGGUCACGUGUUGCUGGCGCGGAUGGCGAUGCUGGAUCCACCCGUCCACUUGCGCGCACAUCGCGUUACGUCGCCCAUUUGCGCCAGGCCUGCUGCAGUUGCAACGGAGUCUCGCCACAGCCCAGCCAGCUCGAGUGGGGUCAGCCUGGCACUCCCCUCCCUACUGUUCCGUCGGCUGUCCAGCCACGUGUACAGCUGGGUCCCGCCAUGCCAGAUGUCACGUCGCCCGGGAAUCAGCAUUCCAGGCAGGUCGGUUCGGCGCUGUUGACUCGGCAGCACUGACAGCUGAAGCCCGCGCAGAGCGAUCGCUGCUCCGGCGUCGCUCUGGCGCCGCUCUGGCGCCUGUGUGCACCUGCGUCGGCGGCAGUUGUACGACAGUUGUCGUGAUCGCUCCAGCUGCGACGGCUCGUGCUUGCACAGCACACGCGAAGUGAAGGAAUCCGUUCCACGUUCACGCACCCACCCAGUCACCGGCGAGCGUCCUUGGAGGAAGCGCGCUCGUGACGUCGAGACUAGUUCUCGGAGCCCCGUAACAGGCUUCCUGCGAGCACUGGAACCGGCGUUCUUGCCGCUCCUAUAAGUGGCAGUGAGGAGCGUCCGGUGCAGUGGCAAGAUUCAUGGACAUUCAGUCGCUCGCGUGACUUACCAAGGAUCUAUCAAGCUUACUCCAGUAGAAAUCGGGCUCUGGUAGCUCGAAAUCAAGCUUACUCCAGCAGUUCUACUUCGAGAUUUUCAUGGCGCGCGUUAUCAUGCAACCAACGCGGCUCCACCCCGGAAGCCCGCGUGGUUACGGCUGUGUUGGGGGUGGCGGCAUGUUGGCAAGGGAGGGUCACAGCAGCGAUCUGCUGCCGGAGCAGUGGGCGGGCCAGCUCGUGGCGUCGCAAUGGAGCCUUCGAGCUGGUACCCGUGACAAGUCAGUUGGACAUGGCUCUACGGGAUACGCCGCUGCUGCUACGACCCCUGCUGUUGCGCCUCGAGUGUCGCGUAGCUUGCCGCAGGACGCGCGAGGGGCGAUCCCUGCUGGAAGCGAGCUAUGUGCGGCCAUGUCAGUGCAAGAGGGGCAUAACAGCCGAUCACCUGACAUCACCUCGGCAGAAUCCAUGGAAGAGCCGUUAAGGGACACCUGUACACAGCCCGGUGACGGUGCUCUUGAAGGACCUGUGUGCCUCCCUCUCAGCCCUGUCACGUGCUGCAGACCCAAAACCUCCAGAGGCACCGUCUCAAGGCACCCUCCAGCGUCUGCUGCGCCCGCAGCUGCUCUCGCUCCCGGCCAUGCCACCACACGUGCUCAAGUCACACCGGCGUGCGCCGUGGCGGGUGGCAGCACCAGCCAGCAGCAGGCUCCGCUGGACAGUCUCUCCCCACGCACCACCCCGUCUGCCCUCGCCUCCCCCCGUCGCCACCUGUCCGACCUAAACCCGAGCAUGGGGCGUGGCGCACACAGUGCAAGGCGCGGCGAGCACAGCACGGAGACCACUGGAACUGCUGCCAGCACACGUGUCAAGGAGCACACGGGAACAGCAGCAGCAGCAGAAGUGUCAGUGGGGUCUCAGGCGCCGCAGGCGCCCUCUCUGCUGGCUACCACAGGAUGCAAGCAUGCUGCCACAGAGGCGCAGCCACCCAGCCCUGCGCAGCCAACUCCCUCUGCUCUGUGCACUCCACGCACACCCAGCGCUGCACCGCUGCCCUCCCCCACACUCUCGCCCACCGUCAACUUAAGUGCCCCAUCCUCCGCUCCCUCCCUGACUCGUGCCACACUGCCUGGCGCUGCGGCUGCUGCUUGCGGUGCUGCCACCGAUGGUGCGUGCGCUGGCGUUUCUUUUCCCAAAUCUCCCCUCAACAGGCUUGCCAGCACGGCCUUUCUCGUCCCGUCGCCGCCCCCAUUCCCCCGCACCCACCGCCCUGUGCUCAUGCACCGGCGGUCGCGCUCCAGCCUGCCGACGGUGUCGCUGAACGACCGCCUGCUGGCCACGCCUGUGCGCACGUCCUCCCUGUUGGUGCCGCAUGGCGGCCUGGACGAGGGUGCGCUGCAUCCCCACCAGGCGCGCAGCUGCACCUCCCUGUGCAGCCCGCAGUCAAGCCCGGGCUCAAGUAGCCCUGCAACAACCCCGUCUCUCUCCAGUCCGCACCCAGCUCGCGUGGCCACUACCCAGCAGUCCGUCUUGCACAGCGGCUGUGCGCCGUUGCCUGGUAGCCACGCGGGGAGAGUGCCGGUUGUUGGUCGGGCGCGGUCGUUUGGCAGCGCAUCUCCGCCAUCUGAGGGCAAGCGCCAGUGGCAGAGCAGCAGGGAGGCUAGCUCGGGGCACAAGAGGUCCCUGUCGAGGGGCAAUGCAGAAGAAGUUCUGCAGGGUGCAGGCACAGCCUCCAGUCACCAUGCACCCUCAGCAAGUCCCGGCGCCCACCAUAAUGCCAGCACUUUCACUGGAGCUGGCACCGCCUCUGCUGCGGCAGUGACACCGGGGCGAGGAGCGGGAGACGGGGGCAGCAGAUCCAUGGUGGUGUCACGUGGCGGAAGCCUUUCUGCCUCCACGCCUGGGUCGAGUGGCAGGCUGAGGUACUGGCCGCCGCACCUCAACUACCGCCUUCAUGCUGGCAGCUGUCAGGAGCGCCACGUGCCAGCACAUGCAGAAGCCUCAGCAGAAGCCACCAGUGCAUCUUAUGGCAGCUGCUCUUGUUGCUCUUCCAGUAAUAGCAUUGGCGAAAGCAGUGCUAGGGUGCUGUCCUGCAGGAGCAACUGUUCUUUGGGUGCGUCGCCUGCACCGUACCACCAGGAUCGUGAUGAAUCAGUGCCAGCCUGGCAGGCAGCAUCGCACUCCUGCGAUUCCACCAUGGCCAGUUUCCAUGGGUGUGGUGUGCUUGGUGGCUGGUCACAGGGAAGGCAGGGUAAGAACGCAGUGCCAAGGGCAUCUUCCUUUGAAUCAGAGGGAACCAAGGCAACUGGUCAAGGCUCGUUGCAUUUGCGGAGGAAUGGGAGCACUGGGAGGGGUGGGGAGAGCAUGGAUGGGAGAGAUGGUUCACUGCAAACAGUUUUUGGAGGAGCUCUUGGCCGUGCUGUGCCAGUUGCCGCGCAUUCUAACGCAGGUUGCAGUGCCGCUUGCUCUUCCUGGGCGCAGCAGCAACAGCAGCUGCAGCAGCAGCAGUGGCGUCAGCACCUUAGACAGCAGUGGCUGCAGAAGCAUGAAAUGCAGCCAUACUUAGAUUCAACAAAGGUCGUUCCCACACGUUGUGCAAGUGGUUGUAACUUGUAAAUAAAACUUCCUGUGCAUGUCAAUUGU